AUUGUCAAGCAGCCAAACAGCGAAACAGAGAACACCGAACACCCCACACGGCCACACCCCUGACUUGUGUCAAGAAACCUCGAGAAACUCCAGGCGUCGAUUAGUAAAAGAUCGAUACUUGGGAAUUGCAGAAAAGAGAGAGAGAAGAAAAGCAUAGAGCCACCAGUUCUGUUCUCUAGUCUUGGCGUUUAUUUAAAUCAAAUUGAGGAACCCUAAAAAGAGUAGAAAAAGAAGUGAAAAGGGAAAAUCAGAAACAGAGAAUUAAGAAGCAGAGAUGUUCUUCUUCUUCGUGGGUGGAUUAGAGCAACAAGUACGUCAGGUUCUGAAGACCGGUGUUGGUCGCUGCAUCAACUGCGGUUCUCCGGCUGAUCUGGUGGAUUAUGAGAAAGUUCUGAAGGUUUUCUUUCUUCCUGUUUGGCGUUGGCCUGGUAAAGAGCCUCUAACGUAUUGUAGAAACUGCAAUCUCUUCUUCCCUGAUUCGGUAUCUCUUCCUCCAACCUCUUCGUCUCCUUCCACGCUCACUGAUAUUCUUCGUUGUCACUCUUGUGCUCGUGUCGUUGAUCCUGAUUUCAGCUUCUGCCCUUACUGUGGUUCAGCUCUGUAAUUUCCUUUUCAUGUCUCAGAUGAGGAGGAUCGAGUGGAAAAGAGGAUGGCUUGCUUCUUUGUCAUCUUUUGGGGGAAAGGGAAGUUAGGGUUUCUUUAUGUACAGGCGUUUCUGUGUUUGAUAAUAAUGUGAUCUUCCAAUGAAUAAUAACGAAAUUUUUGUUGUUA